AUGAAGACUUCCGCCGUCCUCCUUGCUCUCACCAGCGCCGCCCUUGCUUCGGCCAACGUCGUGGCCCGGCAGGUAGCAGACGCUACCCUCCCAGAUAUCCCCACCGUGACCAGCAUCGAGCUCUCGCCAACCGCCGUCUGUCUCACUGGCUGUGAGGCCGCAGAUGUCAACUGCAGAGCUGCCUGCGUUGGAGGAUCCCACGCAAACACGGCCCAGGUGGAUCAGACGUACAACUGUAUCGAGGCCUGCGACAGGGGAGAUGGGUCCGCUACCGGAAACGCCAACUGGGCCUCGUGUCAAAAAACAUGCAUCGACUCUUACUACCUGCCACCCGCCGGCCAGACACCGCCCCCGCCUGUCGUAGCCGUGGCUCCUCAGACCCCGGCGACCGACGACGACACCGUCUCUACUCCCCAGACCCCGCCCACCGACGAUGAUGCCGUCUCGACCCCCAACACCCCGGGGGACGACGACGAUGACGCCGUCUCGACCCCCGUCGCCGCUUCAUCGACCAUGUCCGGACCCAUGACGACCGCACCGCCUGCCCGAUCCGCCCCUUCCUCGGUCUCUCCCUCUUCCUCCAACGGACCCUCGCCAUCCGUUUCCCCAACCUCCCGUACGUCAACUACCCCAGCAUCUGGCACCGCAUCUGGCACGGCCAGCCCCACCGCGGACUCGGCUGCCAGCGGUCCUGUCUUCGGGUCCGCCGGAGGUGUGCUCGCUAUCUUCCUGGCUUUCUUCGCCCUGUGA